AUGGCUCAACCAUGUAUAUGGGCGAGGGCCCGGCAAGGGGCUGCCACAGGAGCCUUCGAGGCUCGUCUGGCUAAGAUCAGAUGCCCCAGGGCUGCUCCUUGGCCAACAUCCAAAGCAGCCUCACUUGUGCUCUCCCAAGGUGUCUAUCCGGGCAGGGGAUCCUCCAGGGCCUACUCAACUGCAUCCUCCCCCACGCCACCAAAGAAGUCCAGGAGAUCCGGCCGGUUUCUCGCCAUUGGCCUAGUGUUCGGUGGCAUCCUCUACUACUACGCCACCUCUCCCGCGUCCUCCAAGCAGGCGACCCUCAACAGCAAGACCUUUGUUCCCUACCAAAUCACCUCCCGCGAGGCCCUCUCCCCUUCCUCCUUCGUGAUAUCCAUCACCCCCCGGAACCCAGACCCCAACCCGCCAUACCUCCUCCCCUCGUCCAGCGGCUGGCGCCACCCCCUCUGGUCGGUCGAGUUCAAGCAGCCAGAGGUCCAGAUCUCCCGCCACUACACCCCGCUGCCCCCAUCCCGGGAUUCAGAGGAGGAUAAGAGUGGCGUCCUGAGGUUCUACAUCCGCGCCGUCGGCGACGGCGAGAUGUCAAACUACCUCAGCCGCCUCCGCGUCGGCCAGGACGUCUGGCUCCGCGGGCCCCACGUCGGCUUCGACCUGGUCAACCGGCUCGGCGCCAGCAAGAGCAUCGUCUUCCUCGCCGGCGGGACGGGCGUCGUCCCGGGCAUGCAGGCCGCCCAGGUCGCGCUCGACGGCUACCGGGACACGAGCGUGAGCCUCCUCUGGGCCGUGCGGAAGCGCCGCGAGGUCCAGGGCGGCUCGUCGUCGCCGGCCGGGCCGUGCUGGUGGGAGUUCUGGAAGAGCGGGCGCGAACCGACCGAGCUCGGCGUCGACAUCCGGGACCCCGGGCCCGUGGCUCGCCAGCUCGCGGAGAUGAAGGCCAGGUACGGGUCCAGGAUCGACGUGCAGAUCGUGGUGGACGAGGAGGGCUCGUCCUUCAGCCUGGAGAACAUCCGCAAGGCGCUCGCCCGGACGACCGAGGGAUACCAGCCCUCGGCGUCCGUGACCGGGUCUAGGUGUUAUCUGCACAACCAGAAGCUGCACGAGGAGGCGUCCGAGUUCGAGUCCGACAGCCCGCCGUGCAGCUGCGCGCCCACGGAGGGCGCCCUCCCUGGGAAGAACCUCUUCAUCGUCUCUGGGCCGGACGGCUUCGUCUCGCACUACGCCGGCCCCAAGGUGUGGCAGGGCGGGAAGCACACCCAAGGUCCUCUGGGAGGGGUCGCUGGCCAGAUCCAGAGUCUUGAGCCACGGCUGGCAUCCGAGUGGCUCGUGUUGAAGUUGUGA